CGGCGCCCGGUGCCGGCCUUCCCCGUCCAGGGGGUUCUGAGGCAGGAGCUCGCGGUUCCAUUCCCUGUUUUCAUAGAGAAGCGCCCCCUCGCGAGGCGCGGGGCCCGCGGACGGCCGGGGAGACCCACGCGGGAUCCGCCAUGGAGAAGCAGAAGCCCUUCACGCUCUUCGUCCCCCCGAGACUGAGCAGCAGCCAGGUGUCGGCCGUGAAGCCGCAGACGGCGGGAGGGGACUCCAGCUACUUCAAGACUAUCAACAAAUGUACAGAAGGUGAUUUUGGGGUUCCAUUUACAGUGUCCAGUCUCUCAAAAAGUCGGGAAAAUAUUGAUACAGAUCCUGCUUUACAAAAACUUAGUAUUUUGCCAGUGCUUGAACAGGUUGCUAAUUCUGGCAGUUGCCACUAUCAGGAAGGACUAAGUGACUCCGAUUUUGAGAAUUCAGAGCCAAUGAGCAGACUGUAUUCAAAACUGUAUAAGGAGGCUGAAAAGAUCAAAAAAUGGAAAGUGAACAUAGAAUCUGAACUGAAGCAGAAAGAAAAUAAGUUGCAAGAAAACAGAAAGAUAAUUGAAGCCCAGCGAAAAGCCAUUCAGGAACUGCAGUUUGAAAAUGAGAAAGUCAGCUUGAAAUUAGAAGAAGAAAUUCAAGAAAAUAAAGAUUUAAUAAAGGAGAAUAAUGCUACAAGACAUUUGUGUAAUCUGCUUAAGGAAACCUGCGCUAGAUCUGCAGAAAAGACAAAUAAAUAUGAGUAUGAACGGGAAGAAACCAGACAAGUUUAUGUGGAUCUAAAUAAUAACAUUGAGAAAAUGAUACUAGCUUUUGAGGACCUUCGUGUACAAGCUGAGAAUGCCAGACUGGAAAUGCAUUUUAAGUUAAAGGAAGAUAAUGAAAAAGUCCAGCACCUUGAAGAAGAAUAUAAGAAGGAAGUAAACGACAAGGAAAAUCAGGUAUCACUACUAUUGAUCCAAAGUACUGAGAAAGAAAAUAAAAUGAAAGAUUUAACAUUCUUGCUAGAGGAAUCCAAAGAUAAAGUUAAUCGAUUAGAGGAAAAAACAAAAUUACAAGAUGAAAACUUAAAAGAAUUAAAUGAAAAGAAGGAUCAUUUAACAUCAGAACUUGAAGAUAUGAAAAUAUCAUUGCAAAGAAGUAUGAACACUCAGAAAGCUUUAGAAGAAGAUUUGCAGAUAGCAACAAAAACGAUUUCUCAGCUCACUGAAGAAAAAGAAGCUCAAAUGGAAGAAUUUAACAGGGCUAAAACUGACCACUCAUUUGUGGUUACUGAACUUAAAUCUACUACAUGUACCUUGGAGGAAUUUUUGAGAACAGAACAGCAAAGAUUGGAAAAAAAUGAAGAUCAACUGAAACUACUUAUCAUGGAGCUCCAGAAGAAAUCAAGUGAACUAGAUGAGAUGACUAAAUUUAAAAACAACAAAGAAGUGGAACUUGAAGAAUUGAAAAAAAUAUUGGCAGAAGACCAAAAACUUUUAGAUGAAAAGAAACACGUUGAGAAGCUUGUUGAAGAAUUACAAGGGAAAGAACAAGAACUAACUCUCCUUUUGCAAACCAGAGAGAAAGAGGUCCGUGACUUGGAAGUACAGUUAACUGUUACUAAAACAAGUGAUCAGCAUUAUUCAAAACAGGUUGAAGAACUGAAAACUGAGCUUGAAGAAGAGAAACUUAAGAAUGCUGAAUUAACUGCAAGCUGUGGCAAGCUUUCCCUUGAUAACAAAAAAUUAGCACAAGAAGCAAGUGAUAUGGCCCUAGAACUCAAGAAACAUCAAGAAGAUAUCGCUAAUAGCAAAAAGGAAGAAGAAAGGAUGUUGAAGCAAAUAGAAAAUUUGGAAGAAAAAAAAAUGCAUUUAAGGGAUGAAUUGGAAUCAGCAAGAAAAGAGUUUAUACAGCAAGGAGAGGAAGUUAAAUGUAAAUUGGACAAGAGUGAAGAGAAUGCUCGAAGCAUUGAAUGUGAAGUUUUAAAGAAAGAAAAGCAAAUGAAGAUACUAGAAAAUAAGUGUAAUAAUUUAAGGAAACAAGCUGAAAAUAAAAGCAAGUGUAUUGAAGAGCUUCAGCAGGAGAAUAAGGCCUUGAAAAAAAAAAGUUCAGCAGAAAACAAACAACUGAAUGCAUAUGAAAUAAAGGUCAACAAAUUAGAGUUGGAACUAGAAAGUGCCAAACAAAAAUUUCAAGAAAUGACUGACAACUAUCAGAAAGAAAUUGAGGUCAAAAAGAUAGCUGAAGAAAAGCUUUCGGGAGAGGUUGAGAAAGCCAAAGCAACAGUUGAUGAAGCGGUGAAGUUACAGAAAGAAAUUGAUUUACGAUGCCAACAUAAAAUAGCUGAAAUGGUAGCACUUAUGGAAAAACACAAGCACCAGUAUGAUAAGAUUGUUGAAGAAAGAGACUCAGAAUUAGGACUUUAUAAAAGCAGAGAACAAGAACAGUCAUCAGUGAAGGCUGCCUUGGAGACUGAACUAUCUAAUAUCAGAAAUGAACUUGUGUCCCUUAAGAAGCAACUUGAAAUAGAAAGAGAAGAAAAAGAAAAACUAAAACUGGCAAAAGAAAACACAGCUAUUCUCAAAGAUAAGAAAGUACAGGCAUCUUUACUGGAAUCACCUGAAGCCACUUGUCGGAAAUUUCAUUCUAAAACAACUCCUUCACAAAGUAUAUCUCGGAUUUCCUCAUCAAUGGAUAGCGGCAAAUCCAAAGAUAAUAGAGAUUGUCUGCAGACAUCUGCCAAAAACAAAAACAUUUUAUCUACAACAGUUGUAAAGGAAUAUACAGUGAAGACACCAACUAAAAUGAAAAUACAUCAAAGAGAAAACAAAUACUUACCCACUGGAGGAAGUAAUAAAAAGAAAAAAACAGUCCUUGAAUUUGAUGUUAAUUCAGAUAGUUCGGAAGCUACUGAUCUCUUGAGCAUGGUUUCAGAGGAAGAGACGUCAAACAGAUUUUACAGUAAUAAUUCACCAAAUUCUCAUCUGUUGGUCAAAACACCAAAACAGACUCCUUUAUCUCUAUCAACUCCUGCAUCUUCUGUGAAGUUUGGAAGUGCGAGAAAAAUGAGAGAGGACCGUUGGUCGACAAUUGCUAAAAUUGACAGGAAAAGAAGACUAAAGGAAGCAGAAAAGUUAUUUGCUUAAUUUCAGGAAAUCAAUGUUGAUUAUAGAGACUAAUAAUAUUAAAUGUUAACUUUUUUAUUAUUUCCCAGAGAACCAAACUUUACCCAGGAAUUUAGACUUUAAAAUUACUUACAUAAAUAA